CGAACGGAUCCCGCCAAGAUUUUGGUCAUCCAGUUCGCCGAUUGAAAAAGGAGAUUUAUACAGGUCUGAGGGUUCCUGUCGUUUGGUCCGAUUAAGACCAAUGUUCCAUUGAAAUUCAAGCCAUAAAUAGAAAACUUUUGGUUCAUGAGGGACAAUUCCAAGUGCAGAGCUGAGCCAUUGGCAAAAUCAUCUCCUUUCAUGAAGUUUGAUCAUCCCACAACGUUUUAACAUCAUGCAAGUGUAUCGUCAUUUGACCAAAAUGAAGAUUUGGUUUCUCAUUCUUCUGGAGGUGGUUUUCCAACAAACACACCCAAUUUUGGCCAGGACUGCCAUGAGACACGCCUCGCAUCUGUCCCAAUUGGCUCGAGGGCGUAACCUGGUUCGAAGAGCCAUCUCGGAGCAAAACCUCCGGGAACCUGAGCCUGAAAUCAAUCGGGGGAACAAUGAAGAGCUGACGGCCUUGAAGGCUUUGGACAUAUUACUGAAGAAAUACGACCGAAGAUCCACGCCCACCAAUGACCAAGGUGUGCCCACCAACGUCUCCUGUCAACUGUUUGUGGCCAGUUUGAGUUCGAUUAACACGGAAAAUAUGGAUUACGUGACGGAUGCCUACCUGAGACAAAAGUGGUCGGAUCCGAGACUCUCACAUGAGGAUAUCAAGUCCCCAUUGGAUCUGGCAGAUCCCGCUUUGGUCAAGGCCAUUUGGAAACCUGAGGUCUACUUCCCCAAUGCCAAGGACGCCCAUUUCCAAUUUGUGACGGUUCCAAAUGUGCUCAUUCGGAUCCAUCCGGGAGGAGAAAUCCUCUACAUUCUAAGGUACGAAACUGGGACACUGUCUGGGAUAUCAUUUGGAAAGAGGCUAUACGUCCUCACUCAUAUCCAUGCUAGUUAUUAUAUUGCUUUUUUUAGAUUCAGAAGACAGAUAAGGAAUUACAGCUGCUUGGUGGCCACUUUUCAUCUUCAUCGGUCCAUAGGGUUCCAUUUGAUCCAAUCCUACCUUCCUUCCAUCCUGAUUGUGUCCAUAUCUUGGGUCUCAUUUUGGAUGGACGUGGACUGUGUACCCGCUCGAGUCACCCUCGGGGUCAUUACGCUCCUAACGGUGUCCUCACAAGUAUCCGGAACCUCCGUUCCACAAACUUCUUACGUCAAGGCCAUAGAUGUGUGGAUGGGCGUUUGUACAGCCUUUGUUUUUGCGGCUCUGGUUGAAUUCACAUGUGUCAACUACCUGUGGCGACGGAACCAACGGCCUUUCCUCAAUUUCGACGCUGCCGAGCAAGCGCCCAUGAUGCAGUUGGACCUAAUCGAGAACCACGGAUCUUUGGACCAUGACAAUAUCGAGAUGAAUCAGGUCCAAUCCACUCAGAGUCUUGACAAAUCCCAUCUCCGGAUUCGGGGCAAUCACCUCCAACCGGAUCCAGAUGGACUGGGAUGCCUGGGGACGGGUCAGUGCAUCAGUCGCAGUGUCAGUCAACCCGCGAACAUGGACCUCAAGGUCAAUGGUUUGGACCAAAUUCCGUCACCUCGACUUUUGCGGAGCUCGAUCGGCGUUCGCAAGAAUCGAAUGUUGGCCGUUCGGAUUGACGAGGUUUGCCGGUUCGUCUUUCCCUUGGGAUUCGCCUUGUUCAAUGCCAUGUACUGGACCUACUACAAGGAACACGAGAUCACCAACUACGAGUACUAGUAG